CUGCACAAUUUCUACUGCUGGACAACUCUGACAAAGAAAUCUGCAAUUGAACUUCUCAAGAGCUGGAACCUGAGCACACUGAUGCAGAACGAUGUUGCCAACCGCUGGCCUAUUUCUCCCAGAGAGCUUAUACCCCAAACAGACCCCAACCACGGAUUCAGUCGAAACACGAAGCGUGAGGCGGAAAUCUUUCGAGUGGAGAAAUGUAGAGAAAACGUCGAGACAAGACGUUAGCAACAUCUUCUCUUCGAUCUCGACUGUCUUCAACUUCGUCGAUUUUGUCGCCGCCCUCAACGAAGUCCCUUCCGAAAGCGAAAUAUUUGUCAACUUGAUCCAACGCGUGCGACAAGACGUGAGCGAGGCUUUACGACUCCAUGCGUGCAAUACCGUCAGUAACUACUUCGAAACCUUCCCGCAAAAGAAAAUUUGGAUCGAUAGUAUUUUACUAGACAUUCAACGGGCGCUCAAUGACAUUGGUGUCUAUGUCGAGGACGUGCGUGAUGGCGGAGAUGAAGGCGGCGCAGCUAGGAUGAAACACAGGUUUGAGUGGGUCUUGAGUCAUCACCAAAAACUCAUAUCAAGAGAGAUUGCUCUAAAUACGUGUCAUCAGAGUCUCAUGGCUGCCAUACAAGCGAUGCAGGCAGUCGAGAUGGUCGGACAAUAUGGAGAUUCAGCGAACCCAGUGGAACUGCCGGUUCCCCAACCCCCAGAGCUUCCCUGGCUACAAGAUAAUGACAUUUUGCGAAGCCCUUACUCAAGGCAAAAGUGGAGGAUGAGCCAAAGAAAUCUAUCACUUCCGAGCAUCACCGUGUCGGAAGUUGAAAGUGAUAGAUCAAGAGCGGAUUCUGUCAAUUCUUCACCUGUGGAACUUCCGGGCAGCACGCCGGAAGAUCUCCCUGAUCCUGAUAAUUGGGACCUCUAUGCACCUCCUCCGAACCCUCGGCGAUUCUUGGACCAAGCACCUCCUCCAAACACUCUCACCCGAAAGCCACUUAGAUUUAGGGAACUCCCUCCACCACUACCAAAGACCCUUGGAACGUUGAAACUGGCAAGGCGAUACCGACCAAAGGCGGUAGAAGUACGACGGCCGAUGAUCAAGCACAACUCCCUCCCAACUCGGCUUCCAUCGUUGCCUCGACAGCCGUCUUUGUACAUGGAGCUCGCUCAAUAUGUUAUACCAAGCAACCGCCAGAAAAAUGAUCCAUCAUUCGACACCCUAGUGGAGAUCGAUACGCCUGCCACCUCUGUAACUCCACCACCGAGUGGACCAUCCUCAGCAACGUCCUGUCCAGAGGGGCUUCUCACGAAAGAAGUGCGUAUUAACUCAGCGCCAGUAGUUAUAUCCGUGGAAAGAGCAGCAUCGAAUGAUGAUGAAUCAUUUGUGAAAGAUUGUGCAGCUGACGUGCGCGAUAUAUCAUCGUCCAAGGAUCCUCGGUUUACCCCUUCGACUAGUCUUCUCAACUAUAAAGUUCAAAGCGAAAGUGAGACAGUAUCUUUACUUGAAAACCGAGAUAUUUUGCCACCAAAAGAAGCGUCAGAUACAGGGCUAUUACCAGAAGCAGAGGCUGUGUCACAAGAAUUUCUCGUUGAGAGCGAAGCUGCAAAAGAGGAUGAACCUCGCCCGAUGAGUAAAGCGGGUCUGGCCCAACAGGAAAUCAUCUCAGAUAUCGUAAUUUCAGAAAAUCUCUCGGCAGCGGCUUCUCUCGAAAGCAGAAUUCCAGGAAACGUACUCCAGCAUUCCCAAGAAACUCAGAAACAACUUCCCCAACGCCCCAUGACAGCGCAAUCUAAAAGACGAAGAGCUCAAUCAAGGAGAAUGCACAUAGCAUACGGGUCAGACUAGGCUUCAGUUUUCUGCUAAACCCCAGGAGGGACCUCUCGACAGUCUCCUCUUAUUCGAAUUGUUACGAUAACCGCCUCAGAUACCUGAUUUACAACGAUCAAUUCCCUCACUAAGAAACAUUAGGAUCAAGUUAUCUGCUUUAUUGCCUUCAGUACAUUAAGCAACACUAUCGUUAGCAUUCAUAAUAUUUAUG